UGAUGAAUGUUGGGGAACCGAGGGGGUGUUGGAACGGGAGGGCUAAACAUGAGAUUAUGACAGAGGGGUUGCAUUCAUAAUCCGACCGACGAUUGCCGUGUUUUAUUUUGAUAUUGCAGUGGAGGGGUGUAUGACGACUAGCACAGAAAAUACUUGUACCUCUGUAAGGUAGCGAGGGAAGUGAAAGUAGGAGGGGGGGCGGUGUUGGAUUUAGAGAAGGAAAACAAUAUGGCCGCAGUGGAGUUAGAAUGGAUCCCAGAAACACUGUACAACACUGCUAUAUCAGCAGUGGUGGACAAUUACAGUCGAUCGCGAAGAGACAUUCGGUCUCUUCCUGAAAACAUACAGUUUGAUGUAUAUUACAAGCUUUACCAGCAGGGCCGGCUUUGUCAGCUGGGAGGGGAGUUCUGUGAGCUGGAGGUCUUCGCCAAAGUCCUACGCGCUUCUGACAAAAGACACCUGCUACACCACUGCUUCCAAGCUUUGAUGGACCAUGGUGUUAAAGUGGCCUCAGUUUUGGCCAACUCCUUCAGCCGUCGGUGCUCUUACAUCGCCGAAUCCGACGCCCAUGUCAAAGAAAAAGCCAUACAGUUUGGCUUUGUUUUAGGUGGCUUCCUGUCGGAUGCUGGUUGGUAUGGUGAUGCGGAGAAAGUCUUUCUGUCCUGUCUCCAGCUUUGUACACUCCACGAUGAAGUCCUGCAUUGGUAUCGGGCCGUGGAAUGCUGUGUGAGGUUGCUCCACGUCCGUAAUGGCAAUUGCAAGUACCACCUGGGAGAGGAGACGUUCAAACUGGCCCAGUCUUACAUGGACAAACUCGCCAAGCACGGCCAUCAGGCCAACAAAGCGGCUCUCUACGGAGAGCUGUGCGCCUUGCUCUUUGCGAAAAGCCACUAUGACGAGGCAUACAGGUGGUGUAUAGAGGCUAUGAGAGAGAUAACCGUGGGCCUGCCGGUCAAAGUGGUGGUGGACGUCCUCAGACAGGCCUCCAAGGUAGCAUGUGUUGUUAAACGGGAGUUCCGGAAGGCCGAACAACUCAUAAAACAUGCAGUAUUUCUGGCAAGGGAACACUUUGGACACAAGCACCCAAAGUACUCUGACACUCUACUAGACUAUGGGUUCUACUUACUUAAUGUAGACAAUAUAUGUCAAUCAGUCGCUAUUUACCAGACCGCCCUUGAUAUUCGGCAAUCUGUGUUCGGAGGGAAGAAUAUCCAUGUAGCCACAGCGCAUGAGGAUCUAGCGUACUCCUCAUAUGUGCAUCAGUACAGCUCUGGUAAAUUCGACAAUGCACUAUUCCACGCAGAACGUGCCAUAGACAUCAUAACUCACAUUCUCCCAGAGGACCAUCUGCUGCUGGCCUCAUCCAAAAGGGUGAAAGCUCUCAUCCUGGAGGAGAUAGCCAUCGACUGCCAUAACAAAGAGACUGAGGAGAGGCUACUGCAGGAGGCCCACGACCUGCACCUCUCCUCCCUCCAGCUGGCCAAGAAGGCCUUCGGGGAGUUCAACGUCCAGACUGCCAAACACUACGGCAACCUGGGCCGCCUCUACCAGUCCAUGCGCAAGUUCAAGGAGGCGGAGGAGAUGCACAUCAAGGCCAUCCAAAUCAAGGAGCAGCUCCUGGGGCAGGAGGACUACGAGGUGGCGCUGUCCGUUGGACACCUGGCCUCCCUCUACAACUACGACAUGAACCAGUACGAGGACGCUGAGCGCCUCUACCUGCGCUCCAUCGCCAUCGGCAAGAAGCUGUUCGGGGAAGGCUACAGUGGACUGGAGUAUGACUACCGGGGUCUGAUCAAACUGUACAACUCGGUGGGCAACUACGAGAAGGUGUUUGAGUACCACAACAUACUAUCCAACUGGAACCGCUUGAGGGACAGGCAGUUUGCAGUGGCUGACGCGCUAGAGGACGUCAACACCAGCCCCCAGGCCACCGACGAGGUGGUUCAGUCUUUCCUGCUGUCGCAGAGCCACGGGGCCAGUCACCCCUGUUAGGGGGCCUGACGGCGUCCAGCGACGCACACUCACACACUCAAACCCACACAAACACCCACCACACGAAAACACACAAACGGUCAUUCAGCAGGAUCAUUCAUGUACACAAUCACACAUAAAUGUGCUUUGUGCACACACACACACACACACACACACA